CCCUGCGCCCCUCCCCCCCCCCGAGUACUCCCUUGCCACUGCCGCCGAGCGGGAACAGAUCCGCCGCCACCACACCACCCGCCUCACUCCCCCAAAAAACCCUCAUCCUUUGUCCCCUCUUACCCCCUCCACAUCCUUCCCGUCUUCCCUUCCCCCAACCACCCAUCUCAGUCCCCGCACACCAUGGGUGGCUGCAUGUCCACCCCCGAAGCCCCCAAAAAGGCCCAAGAAUCAAAACAAACCUCCUCCUCUGCCACUGCAUCCUCCAAAUCCAAACCCCCGGCGCAGACGACCUCUGCCAACAGCGGUCUUUCGCCGACGCAGCCCGCACAUCCGGCCGAGGCGGGCACGCCGAAUAGUGCGGCGGGGGUUGUUGGGAAUGGAGGAGCUGCGGGAGGUGCUGGGGUUGGUGCGGCGGGGGGAUCGCAAGGGCUGGCAGCGGCGCUGGCAGAGACGGAGCCGGCGGCGCCGGAUGCGAGAGGGAAUAGGGAUAGGAGUAAUCAGAUUGACAGGCAGCUGGAAGAUGAUCAGAGAAAGUUUAGGAAAGAGUGCAAGAUCCUGCUGCUGGGAUCGGGCGAGUCUGGAAAGUCGACCAUUGUCAAGCAGAUGAAGAUUAUCCACCAGAACGGAUACUCGAAAGACGAGUUACUCACUUUCAGAGGAAUCGUCCACAAGAACGUGCUGGAUUCUGCCCAGGCAUUGAUCAUGGCCAUGCGCAAGAUCGGUGUCGACCCAGAAGACGCCAACAACAGAGCAUACGCCGAUAGGAUCCUCGAAUACCGCAUAGACGCCGACCCCUCAUCCACCAUCCCCUCCGAAAUCCUAUUCAACAUCGAAUCCCUCUGGCACGACCCCGUCAUCCCAGCCGUCAUGGACCGCUCCUCCGAAUUCUACCUCAUGGACUCUGCCACCUACUUUUUUGCCAAUAUCCGCAAGAUUGCGGCGCCGGAUUACGUGCCGGACGAGGCGGAUGUGUUGCGGGCGAGGACAAAGACGACGGGGAUUAGUGAGACGAGGUUUAAUAUGGGGCAGUUGAGUAUUCACAUGUUUGAUGUGGGAGGGCAGAGGAGUGAGAGGAAAAAGUGGAUUCAUUGUUUCGAAGCGGUGACAUCCAUCAUCUUCUGUGUGGCCUUGUCAGAGUACGACCAAGUUUUGCUGGAAGAAUCAGGACAAAAUCGAAUGCAAGAAUCCCUCGUCCUCUUUGAAUCCGUCAUCAACUCGCGCUGGUUCCUCCGCACAUCCGUCAUCCUCUUCCUCAACAAGAUCGAUCUGUUCAAACAAAAACUGCCGAAAGUGCCGCUUGUCAACUAUUUCCCAGAGUACACUGGAGGCGCCGAUAUCAACAAGGCAGCCAAGUACAUCCUCUGGAGGUUUACACAGACGAAUCGCGCGAGAUUGUCAGUGUAUCCGCAUCUUACGCAGGCUACUGAUACUUCCAACAUCCGAUUGGUGUUUGCGGCGGUGAAAGAGACGAUUCUGCAGAAUGCGUUGCGGGAUUCUGGGAUCUUAUAGUCCCCCUCCCUUUCCCUCCCUUUGGCUUUCCCCUGCUCUCUCUAUCGAAUCCAAAACCUACUACUACAUCCUUCUUCCUUCUUCCGGCCGCGUCUUCUUUGCGCUCUCUCUCUGUUCCUGUUAUUUUGACAUUUGGUAAAUAUGAUUAAUCCCUUGGCCUGUUUCUUUCCUCCUCCGCUUGCUUUUCUUUCCUUCUGUUAUCUUUUAUCUAUACCCUUCUACCCACCCUACUGGGUCUUGCCUCGGAGCUUGGUGGGAAAGAUACAUGUAAAACUGUU